AUGAGCCGGACGUUGACGAGCCGGCAGGCAGAGGAGCUGCAUAAAUCCAUCAUCGCCUACCUCGCCGCAAAUAACCUGCAAGAAAGCGCCAAUGCCAUGAGGACGGAGCUCAGUCUUGGGGAGGAUGCUUUCGAUACGGCUACCGCGAAGAAAUACGAGACGCUGCUGGAGAAGAAAUGGACAAGUGUCGUGCGGUUACAAAAAAAGAUCAUGGACCUAGAAGCACAGAACCACGCCCUUCAGACAGAACUUAAUAGCGCUACACCGACAUCUCUCUCUAACCGAAGAGGAGAUCCAUCUUCCUGGCUCCCAGCUGGUCCUCCACGACACGUCCUUCAAUCGCAUCGAACGCCCAUCAACUGCGUCGCCUUCCACCCGAUUUUUUCGUCCAUCGCAUCUGGAGAUGAAGAUGCCACUAUCAAGAUCUGGGAUUGGGAGUUUGGCGAGCUCGAAAGGACGGUGAAAGGUCACACCAAAGCGGUUCUCGAUCUCGACUACGGUGGCCCGAAAGGCCAUACACUGCUUGCGUCUUGCAGUUCCGAUUUAACCAUCAAGCUAUGGGAUCCUUCGAACGAGUACCAAAAUAUUCGCACACUACCUGGUCACGACCACAGUGUGAGCGCAGUCCGAUUUAUACCCUCUGGAGCUCCUGGGGCGCCGUUAUCGGGCAAUCUGCUCGCGAGCGCUAGUCGAGAUGUUACAGUGAGGAUAUGGGAUGUUACGACAGGAUAUUGUGUCAAGACGAUAAGAGGACAUGCCGACUGGAUUCGUGAUGUCGCUCCGUCGUUGGAUGGAAAAUACCUGCUAUCGACUGGCAACGAUCGAACAGUGAGACUCUGGGAUAUUUCAGUGCCAAAUCCCGAAGCCAAGCUCGUCAUGAUUGGCCACGAGCAUUUCGUCGAAUGCUGCACCUUUGCGCCACCAGCAGCAUACUCGCACUUGGCUACUCUAGCCGGCGUAAAGAAGGCGCCUCCAGCAAGCAGCACGGCGGAGUUUAUGGCGACCGGUGGCAGAGAUAAGACGAUUAAGCUGUGGGAUGGUCGAGGAACCUGUAUCAAGACCCUGGUAGGUCAUGACAACUGGGUUCGAGGUCUCGUGUUCCAUCCAAGCGGCAAAUUCCUUCUCUCGGUAUCCGAUGACAAGACGAUUCGAUGCUGGGAUCUGAGCCAAGAAGGAAAGUGUGUCAAGACUGUUGAAGGAGCACACGAACAUUUUAUCACAAGUCUGAGAUGGGCGCCACCUAUUAUCAAGGACAAGGGUCCGACUGAGGAGGCCAAUGGCGAUGUGGGCACUCCCAAGAAAGCGGCGGCUGCACCUCAAGACGUGCAGAUCCGCUGUGUCAUUGCUACAGGAAGUGUAGAUAUGUCUCUUCGAAUCUUUUCGCGGUAG